UUGAAUCCUGCAUAAAAAUGGGGUUGAUUUCAUAAAGGCAUUUUAUUUGCAGCAGUACUUUCUCUCUGGAAACAUGUCUCUAUCGAAUGUGGUGCGACGCACCGUCAUCCUGGUCAUUUUAAUUCUGUCAAAUGCUUCACUGCAAUCCGCAAAUCAACACAUUGCAAGAAAAAAUGUCAAUGAAGUCACAACCACAAGAUCUCAACCGAAAAAAUCCAUACCGAAGACUCCUCAAGUCGACCAUGCACUGUGUAAACAACCGAUUUUUCCGAUUCUUCCCCCCGGCUGGGCCCUGCCACGCUCCUUGUGGUCUGUCCGCGCCAUGAUGUUUCUGCAGAUUUUACCGGACGGCACCAUUAACGGAACUCUGAGUGUUCAUGAACACAGUAAGCUUCUUAUCUUAUUCAAAUUUUCGAUUUGAUCCAUCUGACAUGACCUUGGUUCAUUUACUUUAACUCGGGAUCAGCAAGCUGUCGGCUAAAUCAAAUAGCAAUUGCACGCAAAGCAAAGAAAGUAUGCACGAGCUACGACUUCCGACAUACGGAAAGUCCAACAAUGAAAUCUUCGUGUUUAGUAAACGUUUUACUGCAGAUUUCAAGCUUACAUACCUUUGCAUUUAGAUUAAUCAUAAUCACUUAAGUACGGUUAUUACAAAUGUUUUGUAAGUUUUAGUUCUCCUUGGCUUGCACUCGGCAAGAGAGUGUUUUAGUGUUCUGGUGUGUUUACCAAAGUCACAGGGUGUAUUCCUUUAGAACUUGGCUGGGGAGGUGAGCUCUUACGCAGAUAUCCCAGCAUGAAGCUCAGCAUGUAGUCAUCUCACCCAGAGUGACUUCAAGAAACACUACCCCAAGGGAAGUUCAUUUACCUCAUAUCCAUUUUCCGUGGCUGUACUUCGCAGCUCGAGUGUAUACUGUUAGGUUCAAUUAAAAAUCAUGCAUUUACGAAUCAUUUUCUCACGCGUUUCCUAGCUGAGUGUAAUUUUGGUACGCAUCUAGUUAGUAAUCAGAAAACCGCAAACCGUGAAAACAAACAGAUAUUUGUCGGCUUUCCGUCAAAUGUUUAAUCUACAAUAUCAAACUCUCUGUCGGCUUUGUUUUCCCGUUUGUUAAUGUCUUGUUACAAGUAAACAAUUUGAAUGUGUUAUGAUGUUAUUCUGCUCAGUGACGCAAAUCCAACGUACGCAGCAAAUUUGGACACCGACGGACUCAGAUUUAACAUAACAGUUGCGAAGUCAAUUACAUAAGGGUUAUUUUAUUAUUAUUACGAUGUAAUUCGGAAGCAGGUAGUUUUUCCUUAGCCUUCGUAUGUUCUCCCGCCCAGUACUGAGCCAUGGAUAAGUUUCUUUGUCAUCAUUUUUAUGAGUGCACCUAUGAAAAGAACGCUUUUACGGAACGCAUUUCGUCAUUAAUUUCUAAAACUGACCGCCGCUACGAAUAUCCUGUUUGAAUUAAAGAGGAGUAGCGGCCGCCUUACAAGUGACAGAUCAAGAAUGAACUUAACGCAAAGCUACCACCUGUCAAUUAUCGUCUGCAGUUUUGCGGCUCUAACUUGGGCACCGGAAAUUUUUUUUCCAAGUGAGAUAACUUUUUAAAUUAAUUUCUGGAGAAUGAACGUACGAAUUAGAAAUUUUCAGACGCUGACGAAUAUGCACUAUUUUUUGCUUUACUCUUAACACUCGCGUGGAAUUGAAGUCUUUUUCUCGAAAAUUAACCCUCUCGUCUAAAAUUUCUCGCGUUUGAGAGUAGACGAAAGUUUGGAGAAGUAAUUCAACAUUCUAAACCAUAUAAGUAACUUAUUGUCACCAGACAAAAGUCGAGAAGUGGAUCACAUUUCUCUAUUGCGUCAAUUUCUGAGAUCUCAAGAUAUAUUUAGUAAAUAUAUUGGAUUUUAUGCUGAAGUCCAAGUUUAGUUAUCUUGAUUCGAUAUUGCUUUGGUUUAUCAUUGGUUUAAUCCGCUGUACCUCACAGCUUGGACAUCAUGAAUGCAAUUCGCUAAACGUGUGCAAUUUCUACAGCAGUGUUGGUCAAUUUAGCAAUUUCCAACAUUAUUCUUAAAAUACAUUGCAACUUUAUUUUCAGUAGCCUUUUAAGUCAUGAUUGUAUCUUUUAAGCUUCAAACUGAUCCUCAAACUGAUCAAUAUGCUGAUCCGUUUGGUUUGUUUCAUUUUACAGCAAAACUGGCGAUGGAAGUUGUCGACAACUGCAGUGUGCGGAUAAAAGGCGUGGCCACUGAAAGAUAUCUCGCUAUGGGGAUAAAUGGAACCCUCGUCAGCCAGGUGAGAAUUUCUGAUGAGAAAUAUAAUUUUCUUUCCAGAUUCGGGAGUGAUUCAAUUCGAAACUACUGUCUACUAACUAAUCUGGUGAUGGUUUUCCUACUAUGCAAUCAGAUAUAGUUACCAAAGUACUACCCACUAAACAAUUUUUCUUUAUGCAACUACUUACAUCUAAGUUGCUAUGAGUGAAACGCUUACUGGGUGUCCAAUAUUUUUCCUAGAUUCAUCCAGACCAGAUCAGAUCCAUUUUCAGAGUACAGUUAGAGAAGGAGUUUUUUACUUUCAAGAAUGGCGACUUUUUCAUCGCGUUGAAACAUGGCGGCACCACCAAGAAAGUCAGAGGAAAUCAAAAUGGUAGAAGUAACCGGCGGAGCACUCGCUUUGUAUUGCUGGACCGAAAACCGAGAAAACGAAGAUUUCCGUCAGCUGUCGGCUUGCAGAGAAUGAAAGACUUUAGACCGAAACUCUUUGAGGGUUUGAAAAAUCACUAACCUGAGAUAAGGAAGAAAAAUCGAUUUUUCUGGUAAAAUAGCAAGUCUUCUUGAGAACCGUACAUUAAGCAUUUGCAAUUUAAAAUCUUAGUCUAACGACCCCGAGUUUAUCUCAAUUUUUUUGUUUGUUUGUUUGUUUUUCACCAUAAGCAAAAAGCAGUGAGAACAGUUCAACUGUUUUGUUUUAUUUGUUAAAAAGAGCAUGCUAAAUUAAGUAGUAUCGCAGCAGAGCUUGAAAUGAGUGAAUGAACUCAUCGGAGGAGAAAGGUGUUGUUAUUCUCUAUAUUUUCCUUCUCUGUAACUCAAAGUUCGAGUUAAGAAAUCAUUUAAUUAAAAAAUAAUAGGGACUAAAUUAACUUUUUUUCGCUUGUCAAAAAUCGGACAGAAAACUUUGUAAUAUUAAGACCUCAGAUAGUCUGGAUUUCCACUUCCUGAAGUUCCAAAAAGAUUACAUACGCUUAAAUGAGCCUAUCACCGCAAUUUUUACAACUGGUGCGAUACACCAGCAGGAUUAAGUCUAAUCUCAGUUCCAGACCUUCAUCAAUUAAGCAGCUCUCGAUCAGGAUCAUUCAGGGUUUGGAAAACGCCAUAUAUUUUCACACACACACAAUCACAAUUCCUUUUCACACAGUUAGCCGCUUAGCUCUACCGCGUUGGCUUCCUAAAGCGUUUUGAAAAAAUAGAACUUAAUUUCACAGGAGCUAUAUUUCAGUCAAUCAAGUAGAUGAUUUAAAUCGUAUUGUCAGUUUAUUUAUAGAUUAACUGUUAGAAAGAGAACAAAAAUUAAAAAUAAAUUAAGCUCGAAAGCUGUGAAUAAAAUAUUGUAGUAUGUAACUUUUAUUUCUUUUUUCGGACUGGCAGACAGUGUUAGAUAAUAUGCUGUGAGGACCCCUGUAGGGCCUUGCUCACAUAAGUACAGCGGGCAAAAAAGUAUCUGUUUUAGUGCCAACUUAAACUAUGAAAUAUCAUUAUGCCAGUUUUAAGACCUUUUUACAACGCUCCGUUCUCAUUGACAAUUUCAUGUGAACAAUAAGCGACAAUGAAUCAGAAGAAAUGCGUUUUCAAAUAAAAUACAUUUGUGUGGUUGGGGCCAGAGAUGAUCCUAUCGUCUAGGCAGUAAAAAUCAUUGUUAACAUAAUGAACAGACGCUAUAAGACCGUAUUGUAUCUAGAGAAAAGCGAGAAAGAAAACUAUCGUUAACAGUUUUCCCUUUGUCAUUUUAAU